AUGCAGAGGCGGGAGCGAAAGCCAAUCAUGUCUGGCCAAGCCCCUCGUCGUCCUCCUCCUCCCCUCCCACCCGACCUGCCCCCUCACAUCCCCUACUCCCGCGCGCUGCAGCAGCGCCUCUACCUCCUCGCGCAGCACGCCCGCCGCCGCGGCGGCGGUCCCCACCGGGGCGCCACCUCCUCCCUCCGCGCGCUCGACCAGCUCCACGCGCAGCUCCUCCUCAACGGCUUCCACCGCAAGCGCUUCCUCCUCGCCAAGCUCAUCUCCCUCGCUGCCGCCGCCGCCGACUUCCCCCGCGCCGAGGCGCUCUUCCUCUCCUCCUCCUCCCCCUCCCCGCCAGCGGCCCCCACCCUCGCCAACCUCCUCCUCCGCGCCGCCGCGGCGUCCCGCGCGCGGCCUCCCCAGCUCCUCUCCCUCUUCUCCCGCCUCGUCGGCCGCCACGGGUUCCGCCCCAACGCAUUCUCCUUCUCCACGCUCUUCGCCGCCCUCUCCGGCGCGGGCGCUGGGGCGGUCCCCCACGGAGCCGCCCUCCACGCGACCGCGCUCGCCGGCGGGUUCGCGCUGUCCAGCCCGCACGUCAUGACCAGCCUCCUUGACAUGUACGCCGCGGCCGGGCAGCUCGUGGAUGCCAGGAAGGUGUUCGACGAAAUGCCCGACAGGGCGGCGGCGGCAUGGAACUGCAUGCUCUCUGCUUACGUGCGGUGCCGUGAGGUGGACGCGGCUCUGCGUUUCUUCGGUGAGAUGCCUGGGAGGGAUGUGGUGGCCUGGACGACGGUGAUAGCUGGGUGUGCCAAUGCUGGGAGGGCAGCAGAGGCGGUUGAUCUGUUCUGGAGCAUGAGGAAGGCAAGGGUCAAGGAUGACUCGGUGACGAUGGUUGCCUUGCUGUCGGCGUGCGCGGAGUUAGGGGACCUGCGCCUCGGGCGAUGGAUACAUACGCGGGUGGACCAGGAAGGCCAUUUGCAGAGGACGGUGUCGCUAGACAAUGCCCUCAUCCAUAUGUAUGUCAAGUGUGGGGCUGUGGAGGAUGCGCACCGCAUGUUUCUCGAGAUGCCGAGGCGGAGUACCAUCUCAUGGACUACAAUGAUUAAUGGGCUUGCGGUCCAUGGCCGUGCCGAGGAGGCUCUAGAAUUGUUUCACGGGAUGGAGGAACGUCCUGAUGGUGCAACGCUGCUUGCUGUGCUGUGGGCGUGCGGCCAUUCAGGGAAGGUUGAAGACGGAAGGCAGUACUUUGGUAGCAUGGAAAGGGUUUAUGGGAUCGCCCCAGAGAUACAGCACUAUGGAUGCAUGGUCGACAUGCUCUGCCGCAGCAGACGAUUGCAUGAAGCACUCGAGCUCGCCGAGACAAUGCCAUUGCAAUCUAAUGAGGCCGUGUGGGGUGCACUAUUGAGUGGAUGCAAGAGGGAAGAUAAUCUUGAGCUUGCAGCCAAAGUAAUUGAUAGAUUAAUUGAGCUACAGCCUGAUCGAGCAGCUGGGCACCUUGUGCUCCUGUCAAACAUCUAUGCGGGUGUUGGUCAGUGGGAGCAGGCUCGGAUUGUGAGGGAAAGAGUGACUGCACUGCAUGCCGGGAAGCCUGCUGGAGGGAGCUGGGUGAAUCAAAAUGAGACCAGCGUGUUGGUAGCAUGAGCUCUAUAAAUUGUUUGGUUUCACUCACAAAACUUCACAUGAAACAUUGGGGCUUUGGGUUCCACACAUGCAGUAAUCAUCAGAACUCGAGGGAGCGUUGCAACGUUGCAACCAUCAGGUGUUUGCAUUGACAGUUUUUCUCACAGAAGUAUAUUGACACAGUAAUAGAGAAAAGUUCAGAUCUAGAGAAGA